AGGAAAGGAUCAAGGAUUUCAGUUCACGAGCCCAUGAGCUUAUGAAUACGUCUAAAAGACAGCUUUUCUAAACCUCUAAAGAUGACGUUAAGAAAAGUUUACUCUUACUGUGACUUCAUCUUUUAACAUGUGAGUACAGUGAGCCAACACGUGUUCUAGUUUAAGCCUGAAGAGGCUGCUCGCCGUCUUCAGAUGUAACUUCUAAUUUGCUUGUUCGUUCGGAAUUAACAGAAAUGGCGCUAGACACAAAUAAAUCAACAUGGAGUUGACAAGGUUUGGAACUACGCAGUCAGAAGUUAAAAUUACUUGACGAGAAGGAACAUAUAAUAUGCUCCUAAUGAAGCUAUAUAUUUUCAGCCCAGGAGGAUUACGACUACAUUCCUCUCACGCAUCAUAGGAUUUUUAUAACUCGGAUCCUGAGAGUUUUACUGUGACAGUUGAAGGGUAUCAUUCAUUUGCUAGUCGUAACUGUCAUCGGACCGUAAUGUGUUUUUUCCUGCUGCCUGGAGGUUGUUUGUCAUAGCGGUACCCAGCCUAUGGGUAGAGUUCGCAGUCUAUUGUCCGUUGAGAGCCCGGUGAUAAUAGCAAUUGUCUUGUGAUGUAAGCGAACAGAUGAUUUCUCUCUCCAAAAGACUUGGCCUUAGGCACGCGGCGCACGGGUUUGUAUUGACCGACGGGUUUAGUCUUCCAAACCACACCGUAAUGUGAUGCUUAUAUUUUCUACCGGGCUUUCUAUCCACGGAAAUAGGUAUCGGUGGCUAACAUGACGCUGUGUUGUAAGUUGUACACCUUUCCGCGCUAUCUGCACAACAAGGCAAAGAGCAACAGGACUAUACUCAUCUCCCUAAGCCUGGUGUUACUGCUCUGCUUUAGUUACUUGGAAAUUUUCUUCGUUCACCGCCAUCAGAAGUUCAGCUCAAAACAUGGAAGACGUUUUCGGGAACUUUCCCAUAACCGAAGUGCCAACGAAUCUCUGGUGUCUCGGCGAGGAUCUGCUCGUGUGAGCCGUCAUAAUGCCACCAAACCGCCAUUAGACCCGAUUACAAGUUCCGAAACCAUUGCAGUCACGAUUGGGGGGAAGAAGAAAAUCGUUGCUCCACCUAAACGAAGGGAAUGUGCCAGCGAGCCGUCGUUCAGAAGUAUUCGAUGGACGGUGAAUUGGAAGUGGGACCUGUCAUCGCGUUACGCGGAACUAGUGAAAGGUCUACGGGCGGAUAAUGAAAUCUCCUUUGAAAACCUCGACAUUCCAAAAUGGCAGGUGGAAAUUAAAAAACAAAAAUACAUUGUAGCAGCAUCUUUCCAGCCCAUUAUUUCUGAAAUGGAAUAUAAAGUUUUGAUGGAAACAUUUUACACGCUCGCUGAAGCGCUGCACCAAGCUAACUUGACGUUUUUUUUGUACGGAGGAAGUCAUCUGGGAGUGUACCGCCACCACGGCAUAGUUCCGUGGGACGACGACGUCGACGUCAUGCUAGACUCUUCGCAGAGGGAAAAAGCCAGAACAGUUCUGUCCAAUAUUCCAUACUACAGCCUGUAUUCACCAGACGGACAUCAGUGGAAAUUCUUUGAAACUUCCCUCACGACUAUCAUUCAUAAACCCUAUCGAUGGCCAUUUAUUGAUAUAUUUUUCUUUGCUGAAAAUUCCACGCACAUCUGGGACGAAUUGCCGUUGUACAAAAACGAAUUUAGUUAUCGUAAAUGUGACGUGUUCCCUUUGGUUUACCGGCCAUUUGAAGGAGGAUUAGUACCCGUUCCACGUAACCCAGAGGAAACCUUGCAGAGAAGUUAUAAUAACAAUAUAUGUAAGUCAAAUACGUACUGGCAUAAAUUUGAGUCCUACGCUCCCAGAAGUCGGAAAAAAAUUAUUCGUUGUUCGGUAAUUCAAGAGAUGUUUCCGUUUGUAUUGCGUUCUUGUGCCAAUUCUAAAUGCCUAAAAGAAGAACUAAAACGAGGUAAUGUGACUUUAAAUACGGUAUUGCUUCCAGAACAAUGUAAAUGUAUAACACGCCAAAAAUAAUAAUUUUUUUAG